AUGUCUCGUUCUCAAGAUCUUCCGUCUGCUGAUUGCGGAUCUCUGUCAAGAAUUCAACGGUGGCCAUCCGGGAUCAACGGUCCCGCAGCCUACGCACCCAACACCAUCAUCCACGUCACAUAUUCCUUCACGUUCUAUUUGUAUGCCGCCCCGGCCGUGCGCAUGGCUGCCCUGCAACAGCUCCAGAUUAUCCAUGUCGCCACUCACGACUCCAUUGGCAAUGGUGAGGACGGCCCUACCCACCAAUCCAUUGAGCUGGCGGCUUUCGAGGAAGCAGCUGGUGCUUGGAUCAUUGCCAUCAGCGCCAAGAAGACCCCGAGUAUCGUCUCGACUUCACGCCAAGGGGUUCCCCAACUUGCAAACACUCGACGCGAUGGUGUCGCUUUUCGUGCCUACGUUAUUUCUGAGAAUGAGGCCGCCUUUGUGACUCUCAUCGGUGCCGGGCCGAGCUAUCCUUUGCUUUGGAGGUUGCUGAGAAGCUAA